AGCGGGGCGGAAGGUGAGAAGGAUGGGGAGAUCAGCAGGAGAUAUAUAGCCCUGGCCCGGACGAGAGAUCAGGCAGGAGGGGAGCAGGAUGAGCAGCCAGGAGAAGGUCGCUAUGACUGAGGCAUCUUCGGACCCAGGUAGGGAAGCGGUGGCCGCCAGUUACCAGCGCUUCGAGCCUCGCUCCUAUCUCCGAAACAAUUAUGGGCCCCCUCGAGGGGAUUUGCGCCAACCAGACGGCGUGGGACCCUGGAAGCUGCGGUGUCUAGCCGAAACGUUUGCCACAGGUGAGGUGAGUGGCCACAGCCUCAUUGACAUCGGCUCUGGCCCCACUGUGUACCAGUUGCUCAGUGCUUGUGCCCACUUUGAGGACAUCACUAUGACUGACUUCUUGGAGGUGAAUCGCCAGGAGCUGGGGAUCUGGCUGCGACAGGACCCCGAUGCCUUUGACUGGAGCCUUUACAGUCAACACGUCUGUCUCAUUGAGGGCAAAGGAGAGUCCUGGCAGGAGAAGGAGCGCCAGCUUCGUUCCAAAGUGAAGAGGAUCCUGCCCAUCGAUGUGCACCAGCCGCAGCCGCUGGGUCCUGGGAGCCCAGCCCCUUUGCCCACUGACGCCCUGGUCUCAGCCUUCUGCUUGGAGGCAGUGAGCCCUGACCACGCCAGUUUCCAGAGGGCUCUGGACCACAUCACCACUCUCCUGAGACCCACUGGGCAUCUCUUGCUCAUCGGGGCCCUGGAGGAGUCCUGGUACCUGGCAGGGGAGGCUAAGCUGUCCGUGGUGCCCAUUCAGGAAAGGGAAGUGAGAGAAGCUUUGAGUCGCAGUGGGUACCAAGUUCGAGAUUUUCGAACAUAUACCAUGCCUGCGUACCUGAAGACCGGUGUGGAUGAUGUCAAAGGCAUCUUCUUUGUUUGGGCACAGAAGAACGUAGCGUAAAGGGCCUGCGUUCUCCAAUGUCUGGUGCCCAUUCAUUUCAGGAUCUGCACUGAUGCCCAAGGUGGCAUAAUAAAAAUAUAGUACCCAUUCUUAGGUGUUUAUAGUUGCUGUGACUCACAGAAAACAUGUAGGUGUCUGGAAGGCUCUCUUUUGGUAGGCAUGGGAGAGGAGAGAGGAAGGACACAGGAAUCCUGUCCCCUAGUUCAAUAAAGUUCAUGCUGUCUGCAGAACA